AAGUAUCUGCUAACCAUCCCACCAUCAGGGGCAGCUUGCCUGACUUCUUGAAGUCCAGUUACUUGUGAACCUGACGAUAAAUCUCUGAACCUGGUUCUUUACUUUGUCAUGUUCAAACCAACAAACAAACACUCAUCUCUUUCAUUAACAUUUAUUCCUUGUCAGAUCUGUCCAGUGUAGUGGGAAAAGCACUGAGCCAUUCCACUUCUUUGGACCUAAACACAUUAUUCUGAGAGGCAGUCUAUAUAGCUCAUACUAGUCAGCCAGAGGGGUACAGGAGACAAGGUUUAAGAAACUCUGCUCUAGGGUGCCUUCCAUCUCUAAGGUCUUUGAUGACUUUGAAUACAUUUGCUAGGAAGCAAAUUCACCCCAGAACAAGCACACUCACCAGACAAUUGUAAAUGCUUCUGAGCUUCCAUAUUUUGCAUAUGAAAAUCUGGAAGGUGAAUUCACUCUUGGAGGUCAGACCUUGUGGUUAUCCUCAGGAAUGCCUUUUUCUACCUUCUGGGGACAGGCCAACCUAGAAGAGACCUUUCAAGUUUCCAAUUAGGUGAUGGCCUCCUUUGGGGCAGUGAUUUGGUAACCAGAAAGGCUCUCAAGAGAAUGGGCCGUUUGCUUUCAGUGUAAAAUGAAAAGAGGUCUCACAAAAAUAUUUUUUAAUGCAUAUAAAGUGACCCCCAAAUAUAGUAAAGCUUAAAACCGUACUAAGACUUUUGGGACACGCUGCAAGAGUCCCGGACCAGUGCUCGUGCGUGCAGUUCCCUUUUUCUCCUGUAGAGGGCGGUGCAGAGUAGGGGCAUUUGCAUUGAGGUGGGGACCCAGCAGGUAUGGCUAAGGCUCAUUCUGUCGGGGGCGGGGCGUGCGCGACGUCAGAGGCGGGGCUACCCUCGCCACGCCCCCGUUCGUCCAGAGCGUGUAGCGAUUGGCGGGCAGUCAUCGCUUAACAGCGCCUGUUGGCGAAGGGAGGAAGAGGGCUGUGUCCGGGGAGGGGAGUGGAGCGGGUGACGCCAAGACGGUGGCGGCAGCAGCGGCGGCGGCGGCCCCGUCGUAUCUUCUUGCUGUCCUCUCGCGCAGGUACCGGCGGCGCCUGCGUCUACGCGAGGACCCCCCCCGGGGGGGCGGGGAGUGGUGCCCCGCCCCGUACCGUCACGUGAUGGCCUCCGGGAGCCGCCCCUCUCCAGGGCGAGCCCCUCGGGCCACCGCCCCCUGACCCGGGACCUGCGGCGGCGGCUGCCGGGGAGAGAGGGCGACUCGGGCCCCAGGCUGGCCGGCUUCCUUUGAGCCACUUGUGUGCUUGCGUAGACGAGGGCGGAGCGGCGUCGCUUUCCCGAGUUUCCUGGCCGGGGCGAGUGUCCGGUCGCUGGACCUCAGGCCACGGUUGGGGCCUCUCAGAAAUGUGGUAUGGUGUGUUCCUGUGGGCACUCGUAUCCUCUCUCUCCUUCCAUGCCCCUGCUGGAUUAUUGGCCCUGUUCACCCUCAGGCAUCACAAAUAUGGUAGGUUCAUGUCUGUAAGCAUCCUGUUGAUGGGCAUCGUGGGACCAAUUACUGCUGGAAUCUUGACAAGUGCAGCCAUUGCUGGAGUGUACCGAGCAGCAGGCAAAGAAAUGAUCCCUUUUGAAGCCCUCACCCUCGGUGUUGGCCAGACAUUUUGUGUAGUGGUGGUUUCCUUUUUACGGAUUUUAGCAACUCUAUAGCAUCUGCUUACAGACUGUGAUAGAACAGAUCAUGAACGGACGAUUUCAGAAUAUUUAUUAAGGAAGGGCAUUGCUAAAAGUGGUAAUUUAUUUAAAGUUUUUAAAAUGGAAACAGCUUGAAAAAGAGUGUGUGAAGUUCUGCUGUCUUGAUCCCUUCUUCAGUUUCAAGACAGAGCUCCCUGAGCCAAAGACCUUUUUGGUGACUUCCAGAUUUCUUAUUUUAAAAAAAUCGUAGGGUUUAUAAGCUUUGCUCUUCGAAGAAAUGUCAACCAUUUGAGCUCUUUUGUAACUGUACACAAACCUACACAGCUGUGCAUUUGGGUCGGUCAUCUCUUGUGCCAGUAUUCUCUAGGACCUAUAAGAAAAUGCAGUGUUGAGUGUUUUAGAAGAUCUGCACAAAAAGUGUAAAGCAGAAUAUACUGUGCUCAGAGACUGAUGUCUGAGGGGACUAGGCUUUAUUGAAGUUAGCUUUUCCAACUUUUAUUUUGUUACAUUUUUGUGACAGUUAAGUGCCAAGUAGGUUUUUGUUUGAGGAUUAUAACUGAGAACAAAUGUGGUGAAAUACUGUAGCAGGGAAAUCUGUGUAAAAUGUGACAAUGGGAAUAGCAUCAGUUCCACCCUUUAAAGGGAAAAAAGUAACAACUACUGAAUGAUGAUAACAAGUGAGUUCAAUAUUUUGACCUCUGACUAUUUAAUAUUUUGUAAUGAGCUAAUGCGAACUUCAAAGAUUUUUUUUAAUGUGAAAAUGCAGUUUUGUAUUAUCAAAAUACGCUAAUUCAGACUUUUUUUUCUGAAUGCCUGUCAUCGGCGCCUUCCUUCUCAUUCUGUUAGUUUUAUUUGAUUUUAUCGACAAGGUGCCCAGUAGAAAGUAACUUGAAUUGAACAUUUUUUUUAGCUUGCCUAGCCAGAAUGCACCUUAGUCAUUAAGGGAGAAAGCAGGGGAUUCUUCUCCGGGUCUGCUCUCAAGGUGCUCCUUAUGAGAUCUUGGCUUGGGGAGAAGUUCAGCUUCAAGUAAGGCUGGUGCUCUUGACUGUUAGUCUUAAAUUUUUACAUUGUAAAGACAUUACCUAGUUGGAUCAGAGCUCUUUUAUUACAGAAAGUGCCUAAAGUUAACUCGUUUAUUCUUCCUUCUCUCCUUUCUCACAUUCUGCCCUUUAAAUUAAAUCACAGAUUUCCCUCAAGAAAAUUUAUAUUUUACUAUGCUAGGAAUAAACCUCAGAAUUAUUUUAACUAAGUUUUUGUCCUCUUAUUGCUUGUUCAUUAAAUGUAAAUUAGAUUUAUUUUCAUUCAUUGUAGGCCUGAAAACUGUGACCUUAAAGGUGAGAGGAUUAAUUAUAAGAUUUAUAGAAAUUACAUCCAGGUUGAUCUUUAUUACCUAAUUUGUCAUAGCACAGAAUGCAGUCAAUUUUAGGCUCUUUUGAUCUGGUUCUGGAAUAAUUUAGAUUGCUUAAGGUAACUAAAUCUUGAUCCUUAAAUGAAAAAAGAAUUAAAGUUAGGGUAUUAUUAUUAUUAUUAUUACUAAAUAAUAAUCCACAUAUGAUAAUAAUGCAUUCUGUUUAAAACGACAUACUUAUGCCUCUAAUUAAAUACGAACAGAUAAGACUAAUCUAAGAGAACUAUACAGAAAAAUCAUGAAGGAAUUACAUACAGAAUAAAAACUAAUUUAUCACUAGCAGAACUUGCCCAAAUCAUAAAUGCCCUAUAUCUGGGAGAAGUGAAAACAAGUAGUGUUCUAAUCUGACAAUUUUGAAUUCCCCAACACAAUUUAUAGCCAUUAUUAAAUUCUUGUGGUAGGUAGUGUUAUUCAGCAGGUAAAUUUCCCCACACCUCCCACAUAACUAUCCAAUAGUUGCUAUAUUUAUUGCAGAGAGAGAAUAGUAAUUUGACCACUUAAGCUUUUGUUUAGAUUCACUGAAGGAAAGUAAGCACAUUUAAAGGUAGCAAAUUUGAAUUUAAUUUAGGAAACCAUCCCACAUCUCAGAUACACAGAUGUUAGGGGGCCUUCUGGAAGUCAUGCAACUGCUUUUCUUUAGACAGAAGUUGCCAUGUAACAGCUGCCAAUUCAGGUGGUACCCUGCUAGACCCUACCUUUGGAAGGUUUCAGUGGGCCUUGGAAUGGGCAGGAAUGGUGAAUAGUAACCAUUUUCUUAUGCUCAGCUAAGUAAGGUUCCCAAGCUUCUGAAUAUAUUUUGAUUUUUUUUUCCCUUUUCUAUUCUCAUAUAGUUAGUAUCCAUAUCAUAGUGUAGAGUUUGUUCAUGUUUAAGUUUAAACUUGAGCCAAAGUGCUGCCUUUAAGGUUUUGAAUCAGGAUUGAAUCCCAGGUUUUCUUCAUAUAAUCAAUCAACUCCUAGUUUGGGCUUUACAAGUUGAGGGGGCUAUAGACCUUAAGCGAGAAAAGCUAUCAGUACUUUGUGUAAAACUAGUCUCAAAAUCAUUUUGUCCUAAGAUUGGGGCUACCUUAUUUCUUUCUUACUGUUCUGAUCAUCACUGGUACCAUCAACAUAAAAAAUAAUUUCUACCAUGUUAGAGAUGAUGGUGGCACUAAAAAGAAUAUUUUAAUAGUUAUUCUGACACUACUACUUCAGUGGAUCUGUGAUAUCAAAGAUGUGGGUGUUCCAUCCAGGGAUGCAGAUUGCAGCCCAUCCAUGCCAUCUCAUCCUGUGGGACUCUUGACCAUGACAUCUCAUAAAUCCCAGCGUGCUUGGGGCCUUCCUUUAGAUCACAAAGAUAUUUAAUCUUUAGGCUUUUCUCUCAAGGAGCUUUUUGGUUGAGUGCAUUAGUCCAUUUCAGAGGACUGCAACUGGCAAAAAUACUUAUAAUUGGAAAUUUCAGGCUGAGAAAUUUUAGCUACGUUGCAGCACAAUACUGGACUCAUUUAACAGGGUUGUAAGAGAUUAUUUUGUUUCCGUUGUUCCAUAGGAUAGAUAAAUCCAUGACAGUUGUUACAUCCAAAGGCAUAUAUAUGUAUAUCAUAUAUGCACAUAAAUGUAUAUAUGUGUGUAUAUAUGUAUGUAUAUCUUGCUGUAUAUAAUUACUGUUAUGAUUCUGGGGUUUAGUUGUUGUUAUGAUCGAGCCAAAGUACAAAGAAUAAGGCAUCUGGAAAGGCCUUCUAGUUUCCAUCUGCUUUCAUCUUUUUUUAGUUCAGCUGCUCUUUUAUCAGCAUAUAGCAUACGUAUCCUCAGAUUAUUGGAUAUUCAGUGUUUAUGUGGUCAGCCCCAAUAUGUGAUGUGGUCUGUUGAAUGCUGUAGAUAGAUUUUAUGUGAAAUGUAUGUAGCUUGAAUUAAGUUUUCAGGGAGCAAUUAAUUCUUUAUGUAAAGAUAAACAAUGGAGCUUCUAUCUUUUAUUCUGCUAUCAGAUAUGCAGUUAUUUAGGUAGAAAAGAAACUGAUGCUUGGUUUGAACAACACUUUUAAUAUAUUAUAUGGCUUUUGGAACAGUUUAUUUCCCCCCAAAAAACUGAACUUCCUAAGGACAGAUGAUAAUUCCCUCUGUUUCUUUUCUUCUAUGUCAAAAAGAAGCCGAUAAAACCAACGUUGUGCCUCUUCCUUGGGUUUUUUUUCCUCAUAAACCACCAAAGCUGAUUUUUCAGGUCUUUCUUGUGGCACUUUGUAAUGGAAAAUAAGCCUUUGUGGAAAUGUUUCUAAAUGUACAAAAAUGAAUUCCAGAGUCUAAAGGAGAUCAUGGGAUCAAAAUAUAUUUUUAUUCCAGCUUCAUCAGCACAGCCUUCUGCUAUUUUUUUUAAGCAACAAAAACUUAACCUUUUAUGAAAUGUGGAGCCAGUGAGAUAAGUUUUGUUUAUGCAUAGAAUUACCUUCUAAAUUUUCCUCUUAUAUGUUUAAACUUAUUCACCUGCCAAGCUUUUAAAAACUUUUCAGUCUAACCUUAUUUCCUCAUUGCUAUGGCUUAAGUUACAGUCUUAUGUUAUAAAGCUUAAUUAAAAAAAAAACCCACCAAGGAACAGUUUUGUUGAAUGUAAAGCACUGGUGCCAUUGACUGUCCACAUUCAGAAGGCUCUUCACUCUUGUGCACACACGGUGUAUGCUGGUUGUAAUUCAAAUCAGUUUACCCUUUUGUAUUAAGAUUAUUUCACCAACUGCUACAGUCAAUAAGAUCAAAUCUUUGUAUGAGAGAAAACAACUGAAAUUUUAUUUUUCUACUGACAUUUCUAAUGCUGGUGUCAACGUUUACCAAUAAAAAUUACUUUAUUUCUGG